CCGGGGGAGAGCGGAUAUAGUGAAUGCAGGGUCCGGGGAGACCAGAUAUAGUGAAUGCAGGGUCCAGGGAGAUCAGAUAUAGCGAAUGCAGGGUCUGGGGAGAGCAGAUAUAGUGAAUGCAGGGUCCGGGGAGACCAGAUAUAGUGAAUGCAGGGUCCUGGGAGACCGGAUAUAGUGAAUGCGGGGUCCGGGGAGAGCGGAUAUAGUGAAUGCAGGGGUCCGGGGAGAGCGGAUAUAGUGAAUGCCAGGUCCGGGGAGAGCGGAUCUAGUGAAUGCAGGGUCCGGGGAGAGCGGAUAUAGUGAAUGCAGGGUCCGGGGAGA